AUGGAAGAAGAAGAAGAUUCUUCCGAAUUACUAUUUGUAAAUACCUAUUCAGUUCCACCAGCUGUGACUGUUUACCUAAUCAUCCUUAUUAUUAUCUAUGUUUUAAGUAUUUUUAUCAUUUUCCCAUUAUUCUUGCAUUUUUCCAAAAUCAAUCGAGAGAAGGAUAAAGAAUCUUUAAUUUUUCAAAUCACAAAUCAUCUAUACAACAUUACAGUCAUCUCACAAUAUAUGAUUCUAGUUACAUUUACAGGGGUACUCACUUUAUCUUUUAUCAUGAUUCGUUCAUUUUCUAGUACUUAUGAACCUUAUCCAAAGACGACUUCAGUGAUGGCUAUUACUUUAAUAAUCACUUAUUUUUUUCAUCAAGUAGUUAUUCCAAUUCAAAAUCUUUUGAUAUUUCUUUUGGCGUUUCAAAGAUUCCUUCUUUUUUUUUAUCCGAAUUCUGAAAAAUAUAUAGUUCCCAGUGAAAAACGAUUCAAAUGUAUGGUUCGAUGGCUAUAUUCUAUUGUAAUUUUCGGAAAUGCUGUAUACCUGAUCAUGUUUUUAAAAUGCACCUAUAAGUAUUUUGACAAUAGGCAUGUUUGUGAUGAAGAAUUUUUCGACAGUGUGAACAAAUGCACUUCCGGCUGGGCUAUGAUUAUUUUAGUGAGUUUAAUAGUGUUCUAUAACUUCUAGCUUAAAACUUCCAGGCGGUUUACACAGUUCUAGAUUUUUUUGUAAUAUUUUCUUCAAUAUUUUAUAUUUGUAUACUUAUCAGUGUGAGAAAAAUCACAAAACUAUCUUCUACAGUUAUGCGAAAUCGUCCAGAAAAGGCGAUCCUUUAUCAAACCUUAGUUUUGGUAAUCGUAAAAAUCUUAUGCUUCCCCUGUACAAUUUAUGCCUAUGGAAUAUAUAGAAUGCUAGACAAUCCCACAAUUUAUGCAGUUCUGAAUGUUGUGAGUAGGCCUCGAUCUUUUUCCAUUCAAAAUUUAAAAUUCAUGUCCAGAUCCAUUAUCCUCUAUUUGUUAUUGAUGUUUUAGCAACUCCAAUAGUAUUCCAAGUCACUUAUCUGUUUUGCAACAAAACAAAUCUAGAAAAUCUGCUGAAAAUGAAUUUCAGAAAAUUGAAAACUUGGAGAAUUAUUUGUUGCGGAGCUAACAAAGUGGAGCAACGUCAAGAAGUUUAUAAUAGCAGUACUUCAGCUGUUCAAGACAGCUGA